UGUAACCUCACAAAAUCGAAAGUGGUUUCCCGAAGGUUCGCGUACAAUGGUACCUGACAUGUUUUAUUAAGGUAGCUCAAUGCUAGCUGAUAUUUAACAUUUCCAUGGCAACCUUGAAGAAGCUUCAUGAGGACUGGCAAGCAGACAGAAACACUCAGGAUGCCAUGUGGCAUAUGUUUGAACAUCAGGUGAACUGUGAUGUGUUUUUUGAGGUGGGCUCUGACCAGGAAAGAAUUGGGGCCCACUCUGCUGUGCUCAUGGCUCGUAGUAUGGUGUGGUUCCGGGAGCUAGCAGGGGAGGUGCCAACACGGGAGAUCAUCCUGUUUGAAGUUGAACCAGAGGAGUUCAACUGCUUCCUGAGAUAUCUGUACACAGGUCGGCUUCAGACAGAUGGAAUUAGCGUGGACAAUCUUCUCAAGCUUGCCGAGAAAUACUGUGUGCGAGAAUGUGUUAAAUUACUCGUUACAAAGCAGCUUGAAACCAUGGAUCCAGAGACCUUCUGUCCCUUUGUUCGUAAAAAUGAACACCAUAUGACUGAUCUCAUGAGAUUUAAAUGUUUUGAGUAUGUGUUUAGUCAUCCAUUUCAAGUGUUCCAUAGCGCCUCGUUUCCCUAUCUGCCAUAUUCAUUCUUAAAGGCAUUGCUUGGAAAUGAAUACCUUGUUAUAGACGAGGAUGUGCUGUGUACAGCUGUACUUUUGUGGGCCUCGCAGGAAUGUAGGUCACAGAAGAUGGAGGAAAAUGGGAAAAACCAGAGACUUGUUUUGCAAGAUGCUCUCUAUCUGAUAAGAUUUCCAUUGUUAAGUCAGGACUAUUUUACUGAAAAUAUUUCAGAGUCCCAGCUGCUCUCCGACAAAGAGGAGCUGCAGUUGUAUAGAUAUCUUAUGAACAAAAACAAAUCUGACGGGUUUCCGUUUAAUAUUAAUAAAAGAAAGGCCCCCAUAACUCCAUUCCAGUUCAUUGUAGAGGAGGCCAAUCCUCGACCCAGUUCUGGUCUUCAUGUUUCCGAAAGUCGUCCCAUUCUCACAACUGUCGAGUCAGUCCACGAAGGGUCAGUAUUAAGAUUUAAGGAAAGGGGCAGUGGAUGGGGGUAUAGGCUGGACAGAAAGGACGCUGUAGCUUUUGAAGUUAACAAAGAUAUAAUUCUUACAGAUGUUUAUAUCUAUGGUAACUGCAAAGAGAACGGCAAGAUGGAAGUGUCAGUUAGUUUGCAAAGGGAUACUCAGAGCGAGCCUCUGUCUAUUUCAAUGGUUCAGCUUCAGUGUGAAUUGUCUCACGCUACGGGAAGGUAUGAAGUGGGCAUUGAAAACGAUGUCGGAUCCUAUGGAAUAAAAAUAACAGCAGGGGUUGUAUACCAUAUUGUUGUGGAGAUCAAGGGAACCAAUUCCUAUUAUGGAAAACAUGGCAUAAAAGAAGUAAUAUCAGAUGGGAUCACAUUUAGUUUUAAGAACAGCUAUUUAUCGACUAAUAAUACAAACGUGGACAUGGGGCAGAUUGCUGGAUUAAAAUUUCACAUACUUCCUAAGGAGUGAGGCAUGUGGGGAAUAUGAAAAUGUUAAUACACAUUCACCUGGAUAGAAUCAAUAAUUAUAUUGAAGCUCUCAUUUGUUUGUGGUUUGACUGUUAUUUUACCUUGUUUAUUUUUAUUUCACAAAGUGUAUAUAUUCAACAUGCUUUUGCAUAACACUCAUGCAUAUUCUAUAGAAUAAUCGGUUGGUGACGUGGACAGAGAAAUAGUAGUAUCUGGCAAGUCGGAGGAAUUUAUUGGGUGAGCCGAAGGCAAACCUGAUUAGAUCCUCUGACAAGACAUAUAACCAUUCUCCAUCCACGUCGCCAACCUAUUAUUCUAUUUAUCAUGUCAUUCCAUCGAAUCCAACAUUUUUUCUUUUUAUUUUAUGCCUUUUUUCACUGUUCAUUUACAUUGUAAAAGAGUUUAACCGGAGAAUCUGGCUGGUAUAAUGAAGUCAUUUCGUCAAAAAAUGACGUCAUUUCACAGUAAAACAGAGCGACUAACGGAUAUUUGAGGUCACGUGGUCAACUAGCCUAAUAACUUUUGGGUUAUUAGGUUACCUGGUUAUGGGGCUGAUUUAAAGUGAUAUUAUGGAUGGGCAUUUUUCACUGUUGAAUUGAGCUGAAAAUAAUUAACAGGUCAAAAGAGUAAGUUAAAAUGUGGUUACUGACCAAUCUUCAACUCAUCUUGCUACCAGUUGUUUAUAAAAAUAUAUUUUAUAUUAUAUAUUUUGUGUGACCCAACUAGUCCUGUAUGCCAAAAUGAUCCGUAAAACAAAAUGGUGUCUUUGUGUUGUAUUAACGAAUCUGCACUAAAACUAAAUUUAAGUUCACAUUGUACAUGCCUGAUCAGUUGUCAAACAAAAGUACGUUUGAUAUUCAAAUGCAUUAUUUUUCUCUUUCCGUAAUAUUGUUUUAGUAUGUUGAUGCUGCAUUAACAAUUAAGUGUAUAUGAAGUGAAAACACCAAAAAUAAAAAACGGUUGAGAUAGACACCUUUAAACUGUUAGAUGCCCAUAAUAUCACUUUAAGGGCAUGUGACAGGUUAAAUGUGUGUAUCUUUGUGCACAUAAUAUAGAUUAAUAUUUGAUGUACACAUACAUACACAAUUGUUGUUCAUACUUUGCAGAACUGAUCACCAAAGUUUUGUUGGUAACAUUUUUGGGGAAUUUUAUAGUUUGCUUUAUAAUAGAAAUAUAACGUAUAAUGUAGUCAUUAGACGAUGAUUAGUUCUUAGUAUAAUGUGAUGAAUUGUUUCAAAUAAAAUGAAAAAUACUGUUUAAAUGAUGAAGUUGGAAAGUUUCUAAUGCAGUGAUAGUAAAUGAAUGAAGUUAAAUUAUAUUGCUUAAUGAUUUUUUCUUUUACUAUAAGAUAGAUCGAGUUCUUACCCCAAGCUGUUAAAUUGUGAUAUAUCAAUCAUAAGUGUAGAUCAGCUGUUAAUAGUUGUGUGUGUGCUGUUUUGUCUUGAAUCACAUAUGUAUUUUAUUUAAUUCAUGUGAUUUAAGUGUCAUAAAUCACUAAUUAACAUAACCAAACAUGAAGGUGAAUGUUGAAUGUAUAUUUUUGUAUCAUCUGUUUACUUGUGGUCAAUGUUUUAAAUAGACAAUAAAUAUAUACCUGAA